UUCUGACAAUUUUAAUAUAGUACAAAAUUCAGUAUAUUGAAGUUAGUUUGGCUAAUCAGGUCUAGUUGAGCGCCUCCCUCGCCCCGAUUAACUCCAAAUUUUCCGAGACGGUUUCUCAAUCGGUCUAUAUUUCUGCUACCGCAGGGCACGAAUCGGACAAGUAUGAACGGAAGAGGCUGUUUGAGGGAGAGUGAUUGAGUAUGACGAUGAAUUUUAUGCACUUCAUCGAUUUAAUUGCACUUGAACUGCCGAAUUUGUUUGUUUUUUCUCAUCACAGCUGAAACAAGAUACCAAUGGCGGAUGGUCGAUCAACAGGGCAAAGCCCUUCUGCAUCAAGUGGUUUGCCAUCGAAGAAGGAAAAGAAGAAGCAGGCUAAGGAAGAAAGAGACAAACAAAAGCAAGAAGAAAAAAAGAAACGGCGUCUUGAUAAGGCUGUUGCAAAUUCAACUGCGAUCAGGAUAGAACUGGAGCAGAAAAAACAAAAGAGAAAGGAACAAGAGAAGAGGCUUGAUGAAGAGGGUGCAGCUCUGGCUGAGGCUGUCGCAAUGCAAGUACUUGGGGAGGAGGAUGAGGUAAUUCAGACCUUGGAAUCGGAUUUUACAAACAGAAUACAUCAUUUCAAACCAGGUUUAAGUAUAGGAAAGACAGAAACUGGGCAUCGAGUUGGAAUCAAACAACAAGGCAAUACUGGGAGAAAUUCAGAAACAGUGGUUGCCAGGAAAAGUGAUGAACAAGCUUGGAAUAUGACUGCAAUUUUGGAGGAACGAUUACAAAUGAGGAAUGCAGAUCCUUAUUCUGCUGAAAGUGGUUCAAUUGGUGAAGCUGAAAGCAGCAUAGAGGAGGACUUCCCAGUAACCAAUGAGAGAGCAAGGGAUGCUGAAAUAACUGCUGAGUUGGCUGCAGCACGAGCUGUGGCCGCACUACAGAUUGCUGAAGAAGCAAGAGCUGAGGCAGAGGCUGCAAAAAUGGAAGCACAGUUGUCCAUUGCUAAUGAUUGGGGGAAGGGAGGCUAUUCAAACUCAGACAGAUUUCAAUAUAAGUAUAUAGUAAAGAAAGAAGAGAAGGAUGAUUGUGGCUACUAAGGCUGAUACAAAUCAACUUCACCUCGCUUGAAUAAACAUGUGCUGCAUUGACUCCAGUUUUUGGGGUAAGUCAGGGAUGCGAAAAGUGGAUGCCUGUGUGUUCCCCUGAAACCGUUGAAACAAUAUGAAUAGCUACCGAGGAGUGGGGACAUAUGCACAUGUGUUGACUGUGAAAAAUGUUGCGGUCAAUGGUAUUAACUCUUUUACCUAUCUCGAGGUCAGGUUAGAAACAUACUAGACUAAUCAUGAAUGCACAGAACUUCACAUUUAAACAUGAGAAAGGGAAGCUAAGUUAGAUUGGUUUGAUUUAUGAAGUCUGGGUUACAAAUGCAUAAGUUAAAAAGGAACCCGUUAACAUACGACAAAAUCUUGAAUUUUAUCUCUAAAAUGCAAUUUUAGUUGUUUUCAAACUGCAAUGUUCUCUUAGCAUGUAAAACUCAAAGACAAAGAUUAUUGAGUCUUUAGAACAUAAAUGUGUAGCAAGUCGAAAGUGUUUUUCAAAAUGAAAACUUAACCAAACUGCAACCAAGUUAUGAAAGUGAGAGAUAUUAGACACUUGUACUUGUGAAAU